AAUUAUUCAAAAUGCCUAUUACACCACUCAAAAAUGAUCUAUGCAAAUCUUCGCUCUGAGGCUGUACAGCUCCGCUUCUCAAAUCUCAUGUCCGCUUCUCUUUCUCUGUCAUUCCCUCCCAUUCCUCCCCCUCUCGCGCCUCGCGAGUGGCUCCGCCGCCCAACCCUCUCUCGCCUACCCUCAACGCACUACGCUCCACUCCAAACCGAUCGCCGGCGAAAUAUCCGGCGACGAUCUCCGAUCACCAUGUCCUCCGACCACCACCUACCGACGAGUGAACUGAGCGACGAGUCCAAUUUUGAAACCAUCGUCUCCCCCGACGGUCUCAUCUCCAUCUGUGGCUUCGGUUCCCUCCUCUCCGAGAGGAGCGCGAGGAGUACAUUUCCAGACCUGAUCGACUUCAGAGUUGCGAGAUUGAACGGCUUUCGGCGCGUUUUCGCCCACGCGGCUCCGAUUUUCUUCGAGCGUGGUAUAGCCAAGCCAGAAACCAAGGAGAUAUCUAGCUUGAGUGUUGAGCCUUGUGAAGGCGAAACUCUGGUGGUUACAGUUUUCGAGAUUCAAAAAUCAGAGAUUCCGGCUUUUGUCAAGAGGGAGCUUGAAUUUCGGUUCCUAGCUGUUCUGCCCGAAACACUUGAUGGGAGGCCAUUUGACAAUCGAGCGGUGCUUUGUGCUCGAUAUAGUGAUGAGGAAUUUUUUCAAGUUCGAUGCAAAGGAAGCAAGGAGAUCUAUUUUCAGCAUUAUGGACGUUAUAACAUCCAUAAGAUUUGGCGAGAUGAUAUUUUACCUUGCCGUGUUUAUCUUAGACACUGUGUUUUGGCAGCAAAGAACCUCAGUGAUGUAGCCUACAACAACUUCCUGGAUCACACUUUCCUUGCAGACCGUAAAACAACCAUCCGUGAGUACCUUGCAACAACAGGUUCAGGCAUUAUGGAAGAGGAGCCUCCAGAAUCACUCAAGACGCGUUAUGGUGGUUGAUAUCAAACGUAUUUAAGACCAUUUGCCUGCAACAAACGUUCCUAGACAAUAUUUUCUCGGAAAUCAAUAGCAAAAUUAGAAUUUGUGUGAAGAAGGUUUCAUGCACUUGUUCAACACCAUCUUCAACCUUAUUUAUCUGUGCGCCAAGUUUCGGGGAGAAGAGCUCUAAAUUUUUUUGACCGGCAGGACAAAUGUAAAAUCGUGUACUCAAAGCAGUAAAUUUGUAUUCCAAGAAGCAAAUAGGGUGAAUACUGAAUACUGUAUUCCCUGCAAUGGUAGCAAAACUAAACAAUUGUACGCCUUUCAGAUUCAUAUUCCUCAAAAUGGAAGUUAUGGUCGAGUUGAUCGUA